CUUUAGUGGAUGUCAUCCUCCGAUUGAAACUUUGCAGUGCAACGUGCCAAAGCGAGGCUACUACAAUCAGCGGCUCAGACUGGGGGAUGCUCCUACAUCAGCUCUGCAUUACAUCCUCAGCAAGUGUGCAGCCUGCAUGCAGCAGUCGGCUGCAGCUCGUGUCCGUCUGUCGUUGUGCAACGCUCGCAAGGUUCCAUCGGACAGAAGCAAAGUGUGAAAGCAGUAGAGUGGCUGUGCAUCUUCUUACAUCGCUGCGUGGUUGUAUGUGCCACCAUGAAACACCAGUCUAUCUCCCGAUGGCUGAGCCAGCUGGGACUGCCACAGUACUGCACAGCGCUGGAGCAGGAAUAUGAUGGUGUAGAGGACCUGCUUCACAUCUCAGAAUAUGACCUUUUGGAGCUUGGAGUCCACAAUCACCUCCACCGUCUGCACCUCCUUACUUCUCUACGCCUCCUGCAGGAGCGGGAGAGGAGGAGAGAGCUUAGGAUGAUGGCAGAGGGGCGUUUUGCCAGUCUUCCCAGGUCCCUCCAUACGCACCACACCCUAGCUGGAGGCCCGGCCCACCCUGGAGUACCCAGCAGCUCCAUUUGUGCCCCCAGCAGCAGCACCUGCUCCUCCAGGAGGCUCCAGGCCUCCAUCACCUCCUCCAUGGACCUCCUCAGCUCUAGACCUGGUCUGCCUCCAGGGCAGGGCAGCAGUCUAUCAGAGAUGCCCUCUGCUGCCUACCAGCCAAUCUCCAUUCAUGGAACUCUGCCUCGACGCAAGAGAGGAGGUGUCAACCUCACCCAUGGAAACUAUACUUGGGACCUGAAAACCAAGCACACUCAGCAAUUAGUUUGCGGGAACACAUUACUAACUCCUGGACACAUCCAUCCACCCAUGACCUCCUCAUUGGUCCAAAAUGUCAUUGAUGACUUCCACGGUUACAGGGAGCCAGCUGCCGGCCUGGACGCCACAGUGGACUAUGUUAAGUUCUCCAGGGACCAGUUCAUCCUGGACUGUCCCUCGGAGAAACUUCGCCGAGAGCUCGAGGAAGAGCUGAAGAUGAACUGUGAGGAGCCGAGAAGCCACGCAUGGUACCACGGGGCAAUUCCCAGACAGGUUGCAGAAAAGUUGGUGCAGCGUGAUGGAGAUUUCUUGAUCCGUGAUUCAAUGUCCAGUCCAGGAAGUUAUGUUCUGACCUGCCAGUGGCGAAACGCUGCUCAGCACUUUAAAAUCAACAAGAAGGUAGUGAUGCUGAAUGAAGCUUACUCCAGAGUAGAGUACCGACUAGAAAGAGAAGGGUUCGACAGUGUUCCUGCGCUCAUUAGAUACUAUGUUGGCAACAGAAAACCUGUCUCACAGGUGGUAGGCGCCAUCAUCUUCCAGCCAAUCAACAGAGGGCUGCCGCUGCGCUGCUUGGAAGAAAACUACAGAAUGUCAGGCAACCAACGAGAGGCUGGGCUGAUGGCGCAGGAGAGGCGGAGUCAGAAACGUCUUAGCCUCAACAUCACCAACGGACACACAAACGACAACGCACACACCGUGCACGAGAGCGCACACUCCCAGGACAACGGCUUGAUCCGAGGCAACCAGCUCAGGUUGAAGGAUCGCUGUGGAAGCCAACCAGCAAGUCUCAAUCAAGUCCAAGAGAGGCGACGCCCACUCAAGGCGCACCAAUCAGAGAGUUUCCUACCUCUUGGAUCCAAACCACAGUCCCAGCAGUCCCCCGAAGCUCUUCUUCCCAGCCCCAACCCCAAGUCUCCAGUGUUUCGGACAGGAAGUGAGCCAGUACUGAGCCCAUCUGUCCCACGGAGAUCAGCAGAGCCUCUAGCAGGCCAAGCGAUCCGAGGCUCAGACAGCCAGCUGUGUCCCAAACCGCCUCCCAAACCCAGCAAAGUGCCCCUGGCUCGACUGGCUCGCCCCCCCUGCCUUCAGCCCCUGGUUCCCCUCUCCAGCUCCUCCAGCCUCACAGACUCCUCCACCACCUCCCCCAACCUCGCUGCACCUCCUCUGGACUCCACGUGUCUGGAAACUGCCGGUUCUUCUUGGAGGAGUGGAGCUACCACAGGUCCUCCUGCUCCUCCAGUGAAGCCUCUAAAGUUCCAGCAUCAGCUCCUCCCUGCAGACGCCCACAGCUCCUCCGGUUGUAGAGUUUCACCUGCUGACGGUGCUCAGUAUCCUGAUCCAGGGGUGAUAGUAGGACGGACUGACCGGCUGCAGCCGAGUCCUGCAGACCUGAGGUCCUGCAGCCCGCUGGAGUGGGAGCAACAAAGCUCUCCAAACCUCAUCACAGACCACAACCCCGACCUUCAGCUGCCGCUCUGCAGCUACGUGGAGAGGCUGAAGAGAGAGGGGGAGACGGGGAGAGAGGGGGACGGGGAGGAGGAGGAGGAGGGAGGACGGAGAGGACUGGACAGAAGCUCCUACCAUCAUGCCAUCGCAGCCUUAGAAAACACCAGCGAGGAAGAGGAGGAGGAUGCAGGGAGGGAGGAGGAAGAGGAUAAGAGCAGGGAUUUAAAGAGGAGUAGUUUUCAACGGCCGAUUGUAGAGACCGAGUCGACGUUCAGGCCGGCAGAGUUCGGCUCUCGACUUCUGCCACCAGAAAACAAACCGUUGGAGAUGGUGGUUCUGAAGAGAGCGAAGGAGCUGCUGCUCAGCCACAAUCACCACAGUAUCGCCAGACACCUGCUGAUGGCCGACUGCCAGGUUGCGAGGAUACUCGGAGUGACUCCGGAGCUUAAAGGUCAGAUGGGCGUGUUGUCUGGUCUGGAGCUGGUGACGCUGCCUCACGGACGACAGCUGAGGCUGGACCUGAUGGAAAGACACCACACCAUGGCGAUAGGUGUCGCUGUGGAUAUUCUGGGAUGUACGGGCAGCGUGGAGGAGCGAGCGUCCACCUUAAAUCGCAUCAUCCUCGUCGCGAUGGAGCUGAAGGACACCGUGGGAGAUCUGUUCGCUUUCACAGCUCUGAUGAAAGCUCUGGACCUGCAACAGAUCAGCCGUUUGGAGGAAACAUGGACCACUCUACGGAGGAACUUCACCCAGACCGCCAUCAACUACGAGAAAAUACUGAAACCUUUCUACAAGAAUCUGUAUGAAGGCUCAGCCUCCUCCCCUCCGGUGGUCUGUGUCCCCCUCCUGCUGCCCCUUCUCACCUUGAUGGAGCGUCCGUCAAUCACACCCGAGGGGGCGGAGCUCUGGGAGACCAGCGACCAGGGCUGUGACAUCAUGCUGCGCCACCUGGAGGCGGCACGCGACGUCGCUCACAACGCAAAGAGCUACACGGACAACGCACGGGCCAUCUUAGAAGGGUUUCAGUGCGAUGACGACCUGCUGGAAGUGUUCAAGACGGACUUUCAGCUGCGGCUGCUGUGGGGAAGCCGCGGAGCUGCGGUCAACCAAUCAGAUCGCUACAACAAAUUCAACCUCAUUCUUACGGCGUUGUCACGGAAACUGGAGCCCCCACCUAAAACACAAACCUUAAUCUGACUUUAUCAAAGCAAACACAUACAUGACACACUUUGGACUAAACGGAAAGUAACAUCAGGUGGAUCAGAAAGCAGCUGUGAACGGAAAGAGAGAAGAAGACUCUGAGCAGGCAGGAAGUUACACGCAGAUCAGGACACAUUUCAACAUCAAACACAUCAUCUCCUGCAGCAGAAGCCACUGAACGCACCACGAGGAACAAACCAGCAGCUCUAGAAAACUCCCCAGAGCUGAGACGGCAACAUCCAGUCUGACUGGUGUCCACCACUGCAGGGAGACGUUCAGCUUCACGUGGACGUUCUCUGACACAAAGAGAGCUGCAGCCGCUUCAGAGUCUGAUAACUGUGAUCGUUUAGCAUUCACAGCGUCUGCUCAAAGAGAAAUCUGUCACUUUUUGUUUGGUGUUUUCAGUUUAACUCCAGUUCUGGCCUCACUGUCAGCUCAGAUUUAUCCAUAAAGUCAAAUAUCACAAAGUUAGCCGACAGUCUGAGAGCAGACAACACUGUGAUCUCUGACUGAGAACAGAAGGAAACAUAAAAACCCUGAGGACGAGCGACACGAUUAACGCACAUGCAGAAGAUAUUGUCUGAACAGAGACGACAGCAGAGCAGACAAUCAGGAUGACAAAAUUCAUCAGCGAUCUAUUUCAUAGCGAUCUACGAGAACCUCCAGAAACAAGACACACCAACGCUGUCAGCAUUUAUCUCAGAGAAGAUAGACAUCCGGAAAUUCCACAACAUCUCAGCACUGUUUGCUCAUUACUGCACCACCUCCUCGUAGAAUAAACAAUCGAUUUCACACAUGUAGACGCAGGAACGUACAUCAAGACGUGUUUGAACCAUAACUCACUUUUAAUGAAAUGACUUAUCAUGAUGGUAUUUAAAAAGGUUUUUAUCAGUCUAAUGUGGGACAUUGGUUGAUCUCUGAGGGGGAAUUAAGGUCAUGUUGGCUGUUUGCAGUUGACUGUGACAAGUAUGCUCUUAAUUUUCUUCAUCUUUCUUUGUUUUACUCAAAGGUUUAUGUUCCUAAGAUCAGGAGACACAAGUCACAAAUUCCUGUGUUUAACGGUUUGAAGACCAAACUAGGCUCUACUGCUGAAAUGGAGUGAGAACAGAGACCUAAAGGGAUGCGUUGACGUAGACACGCUGCUGCUGCUUCCUUUCUUCAUAGAUAUCCUAGUUUAUUGAUAUUUCUUUUGUCAAGGCAAGCAGAAAGGCAGUAAGUAGCUCUCUGAUUAGUGACUACUGCAGUAAGAGUCAAGUAUCAGGAUGUUAUUUUAAAGAUCUCGGUAUACGCUGAGUCUGUUUAAAAACAUCAGUGUUUACUGUGAACUGUCUUGACAGAAUUCAUGUAUUUAACAGGUUAACCCUCGUGUCGUCCUGCGGGUCAAAACUGACCCGUUUCAAAGUUUGAAAAUGUGGAAAAAAUAUAUAUUUUCACAGUGAAACUUCUGAUGUCCACAUUUUCUACAUUUUUGGGAAAUCUUUGAACAUUUUUUGGUGGAAAAAGAGAAAUGUUAAAAAUGUUUCUUUAAGAACAUUCACAAAUAAUCAACCAAAAUCCAGCGAAUUUUGCUGGAUUUUGGUUGAUUUUUUGUGAAUGUUCUUAAAGAAAAUAUUAGAAGUUUUACUGAUUGAUCUGUAGUCACUUUAGAUAUUUUUAGGAUUUUUUGGGGAAGAUUUUUACUCAUUUUUUGAAAAUAUUUACAAGAAUCUAGCCAAAUUUGGGGGAAUUUUUAAAAUCAAACCUUUAAGGGAAUCUUUUAAGGAAUUAUUGGAAUUUUCUUCCUGAAGGUUUUGAAAUUUUUCAGAAAUUUGGGGGAUUUUUUUUUGCUCAUUUUUUGGAUUGUUUUCAGACAAGGAAACAAUAUUUUUUGGUGCCCGUAAAUGAGGACAACAGGAGGGUUAAUGGAUGAUUGAGCUGCAUUUAUAAAAAAACGUGGAGCUGUGUGACGUUUGAUCCAGAAAACCCGUUCAGUUUGCUGCUAGAUUUAUCAAGCAGCAAAAUCAGUCAGACAGUUCAGAGAAGUAACAAAUAUUUACAGUACCGUUCAAAAGUUUGGGGUCAUCCAGACAAGUUCAUGUUUUCCAUGAAAACUCACACAUUUAUUCAUGUGCUAACAUAAUUGCACAAGGGUUUUCUAAUCAUCAAUUAGCCUUUCAACACCAUGAGCUAACACAAAAUCAGCCGUUUCCAGCUAGAAUAGUCAUUUACCACAUUAACGAUGUCUACACUGGAUUUCUGAUUAAUGUUACCUUCAGUGAAAAAAACUGCUUUUCUUUCAAAAUAAAGACAUUUCUAAGUGACCCCAGACUUUUGAACAGUAGUGUACAUAUUUUGUAAUUUCAACAGCAAGCCGUUUUUCUUUAAAUCAGCAGAUGAUUCACAAAAUCCACAGUAAAUACUAUUUUACUGCAUUUUCACAGGAGCAGAGAAUCUGAUCCAAACUUUCUGAACAUGUGAACAUGUAGCAACAAGCGUCUGUUCUAGUAGAGAAACUCAAAAUCAGUGAAAUAUGUUAACAUGAGACUAAAGCUGUACAUAUUUGAAGCAUGUUGAUAAUAGACUGUACAUACUUUCUGUAGAAGACUGUAAAAAAGCCAAGAUGUUGGAGAAUUUUAAUAUGUUUAUAUUAUUAUGGACUACUGUGGUAAGAUUUAAUAAAGAUGAUAUAUGAUGUGA